UUCCACUUUAAUUUUAGGAAGAAUUUCCUGAUGGUGUGAACUGUUUGACAGUAUUGUUGUCUUGGAUUUUGAUGAAUUCUCCUUCUCUGGAGGUUUUGAAGGCUGGAUAGCCAUCUGUCAGGGGUGCUUUGACUAUGUAUUCCUCCAUGGCAGAAUCAGAAUGGCUUGGAUAAUCUUGCAGUCCCUUCCAGUUCUAUGAUUCUAUGACUCUGUGAUCCCAUGAUUCUAGGCAGACUUCUCAUCUUGACAUUGACUCCAACCAGCCAGAACUCAACUGGCAACUGUCACCCAGAGGACCUUUUCAUCAGCCACCCCAUGACUGUGGAAUGACCUACAGGAAGAGCUCUGACAGAUAUAUAAGCGGUCAGUGUUCUGGUGCUGAUGCUUACAGUUAUCAGUACAGCUUAUGGAGAAACUGAAGAGGAACACACUGAGAGAAAACAGGAGAACUGUCAACUCAAAAAUGGAACUCGAGAGAAUACUAGAUUUCCUGAGAGUGUGAAGAUUAAUAUUCGUGCUGGCAACAUAGAACCAGUCAAGCUCCCUCCUAGUGUUAGGAACAGAUCCCUCUCUCCAUGGGAUUACAGCAUUAAUGAAGACCCCAACAGAUUUCCUCAUGUGAUUGUUGAAGCCAAGUGCCGUCAUGAUGCCUGUCGGAAUUUCACGGGGAAAGGCUUAAAUUAUGGCAUGAACUCUGUUCGCAUUCAACAGGAAAUCUUGGUUCUCAAACGUGAGCAAAUUGGGUGCCAGGAAAUCUACUCACUAGAGAAAAAAUUGGUUACUGUUGGUUGUACUUGUGUCUUUGCCGAUAUCGUUGCCUAUCCGAAAACCAAGGGAGGCAGAAGACGCAGAGAACUGACCUAUGGGGGUAAACAACAGUCCACUGUUGGCAGAAAGAGUCAGCCUAUAAAGAACAUACUUGGAUGACUGCAAAGAAACAGCUGUCCAUUCAAUUAGAAGAAAUGAGGAUCUCCAGAUAUCACCAGCAUUAUGGUUUUUUAAUAUGCAAACCUGCAAAUGCAACUAUGAAGCUUCAUCAAUUGAAAAGUGUUUAUUCCACAUGAAUUUUUAAACUGAAAGAGAACUGAUUUGUUUAUUCUAAAUCUUCCAAAUUUAUUACUGUUUUCUCCUUAAACAUCAGAUCAUUUCCCUUCUUGAAAUCUGAUUUCUUUUCAGUGAUCAAAUGUUGAGAAAUCCUGCUCUGCAUCAAGUUUGAUGGCCUUUACACCAUGUUGUUGAUUUGCUUUGUUGACAUAAAUGCUGUAUGUCGUGAUAUGAAAUAUGAAACUCAAGGAGAGGUAAAACAGAACAUGCUGCCAUUUAAUAUUUAUAAUUCCUAUUUAUAUAACAUUGUAGUUUAUCU